UUGGAGAAAUGAAUUCAGCACCGGACCAACUGAAACUGGAAUUUUGUGCACUGAAGAAGCUUUUGUGUCGGUAUGUUCUUUGGUGUUAUCUGCGAAUCCCCAUUUUUCAUAUGGCCAAUCAGGGAUUAUCACGUUUAAAGGAUAGACCUCGCUUUGUAACUCAGACUCCUCUUUCGACGCCAUUUCACAAACAGACCAAGGAGAGAGAAAAGCAACUUGAGGAGAGCACGACCUUUGUAUUUCGUCUUGUCACGCAAUAGCCUUGAUCUCUAAGUGAGCGUUGCAUGACCGGAGGGGGGAAAACAAAUUGACAUACCGAAGUCACGAACGUGAUUCUUUACCUCUAACCCAAAGUAUGUGUUGACACGGGAGUGGAACUGUCAACCUUGAACGUGCAAGUAGUCAUGGCUGUACAUCUGUGGCUUCGAGCAGAGAAGAAACCGAACGAGAGGCGAACUCACCUUACUCCAGAGAAAUGCAAAGAGCUGGUGAAGGCAGGUUUUAAAUUGACUGUGGAACUCUCAGAGCAGUGCAUAUUCAAGGAUGAGGAAUAUGCAAGUAUUUCUGGUGUGGAGAUGGCCUCUACUGGUUCUUGGCCAAGUGCUCCUAAAGAGGCCUUUAUUGUUGGGUUGAAAGAACUCCCUGAGAGUGAGGACCCUGUCAUUCAUAGGCACAUCUUUUAUGCCCAUGCUUAUAAGAACCAAACAGGGUGGGCAGAGCUACUUCACAGAUUUGUGAAAGGAGGAGGUAGCAUCUAUGACAUUGAAUUUAUGACGGAUGACAGUGGUAAAUGUGUAGUUCCUGUCUUCUCAACCAUGGCUGGUCUAUGUGGAAUGGCUGUUGGCGUCAUAGCAUGGUGUCAUCAGCAAUUGAAUCCAGAUGUUGCUCUUCCAUCUGUUUCUGCAUUUGAUGAUGGAGACCAAAUGUUGGCAUUUGUGAAAUCCAAAUUAAAAGAAAUUGCCAAAAAGAAAGGUGUUCCAGAAGUGUUUCCACGGAUCUUUGUGAUUGGUGCUCUGGGUCGUUGUGGUAAAGGUGCAGUUGAGAUGGCUCACAAAAUAGGUGUUCCAAAGUCAAAUAUAACAGAGUGGAGCACUGCAGAGACUAAAGGAAAAGGACCCUUUGUAGAGAUUUUGGAGUACAAUAUCUUUGUUAACUGCAUUCUCCUCAAUGAGAAAAUUCCUCCAUUCUUGACAAAGGAGAUGCUGGACACGGAUGAAAGAUCACUGAGUAUAGUGGUGGAUAUCAGCUGUGACCCAAACAGUCCUAACAACCCACUACCCUUCUAUGAUGCCUGCACAUCAUUUAAACAGCCUUCCGUAAGAGUCAGUCUCCCGAAGUCGUCUAAGCCAUUAGAUGUUGUAGCUAUCGAUCAUUUCCCUUCACUUCUACCGAGAGAGAGCAGCACAAGAUUUGCAAAUGAUUCAACGCCGCAUUUGCUGAAGUUAGAUCAGUAUCCUUAUUCGGUCUUUGCCUUACUCUAUCAAAUCAUAAUGGUUGUUCACCUGUGGUUACGAUCGGAACCGAAGGCAAAUGAACGCCGGUCGGCGCUCUCACCUGAGAAAUGUAAAGAUCUUUUGUCAGCAGGAUUUAAGGUUACUGUUGAAUGUUCCAGAGACAGGGUUUUUAAAGAUGAAGAGUAUGCAAGGAUCAGUGGAGUGGAUAUGGUUCCUGAAGGAUCUUGGGUAGAUGCCCCAAAAGAGGCUUUUAUCUUGGGAAUUAAAGAAUUAGCAAAAUCCUUGACUCCAAUACCUCACACACAUAUUUACUUUGCUCAUGCAUACAAUAACCAGAAUGGUUGGGCUGAAGUUCUUAAUCGCUUCAUCAAGGGCGGAGGGAGGAUACUUGAUGUGGAGUACAUGACAGAUGAAUAUGACAGACGAGUAGCAGCGGCUUUUCCUCCUUUGGCUGGUUUUGCAGGAAUGGCUGUUGGUAUUAGUGCUUGGUGUCAUCAACAAACAAGCCCUCAGAUUGCCAUGCCAGCUAUGAAGCCUUACAGCCAUGAGUCACUCUUGAUAGAAGAUCUUAAGAUGCAGCUCCAAGAUACUGCCAAGACCAAAGGACUCCAUGAAUGCUACCCUCGUGUGAUAAUCAUUGGUGCAUUAGGGCGUUGUGGCAAAGGAGCCAUAGAUUUGGCACAGAAAGCAGGCAUACCAAGCUCAUGUAUUGCUAAAUGGGAUAUGAAAGAGACCCAGCCAGGUGGACCUUUUGAGGAAAUCCUACAGUAUGACAUAUUUGUCAACUGUAUCAACUUGAUGAAGAAAAUUCCACCAUUUAUGACAAGGAAGGUGUUGGACACCGACCAGAGGAAACUGUCUGUGGUGGUUGAUGUGAGCUGUGAUGUUACCAAUCCAAACAAUCCUUUACCAUUCUGUGAUUCUGUGACCUCACUACAUCAGCCCUGUCGGACUCUGCAGUUAAGUAACUCCACAAAGCCUUUGGAUAUUGUGGCCAUAGAUAACCUUCCUUCAUUGCUUCCAAGAGAAAGCAGUAUUCAGUUUGCUGAUAGUAUUAUGCCCUAUCUACUCAAGCUUCCAGAGGUGAACACUCAUCCAGUGUGGGUUCGUGCUGGGAGAAAGUUUGAUGAAAAAGCUGCAGAAGUCUUAAAUCACCAAGUCAAAUGUUAACUUGUCCUCAAAUAUUAGAUUAUUAGUAGUUUCUGACAAGUGACAAAGAAAUCAAUCACAUGGUUGAUACCAAUGUUAAAGGUUACUUUAAUUUUUUUUUUUUUUCAAAAAUUCAGUUUUUAUGAUUGCCUCUAUUCAAUUUUCUCAAGAUUAACCCUUCAACCCCUAUGAGACCAGUAUUGAAUGUCUCAGUACAAUAUCACCCCUGCAUGAGACAGUAAGGUAUCAGGAACAGAGAAAAUGAUUGCUAACUAAAGAAGCUCUUGAUUGUUAAACAAAUUCACCUUGACAGCAUUUUAGGAAAUAUGUAGAGAACAGUAGGGAGAAUAUGCAUACUGAUGUCAGGGUGUAGGGGGUUAAGCAUAUGUGAGUGGUAGAAUGGGUGGAGGAAUGGAAACAGUAUUGACUUGAAGCUGAGCUUACACAAUGCAUGUGUUGAUGAGAUUAGCAACACAAGGAAAGCUAAAUGCUGCAUUCAAAAGUUAUCUUGCUUCCACUCACAAACUGGAAAAAAUAACAUGUGGAUAUAAAAUAUACAUAUUUAAUAGAAACAGAUUCUCCUUUAGCAGACAGGUAUUUUCAAACAUUUCUUUCAUGAAAAAUGUGACCAAUACUUGCAUACAAAGAAAGUUUUAAUAUAUUGUUGAUCCUGAAACAAAAUGAGUUGUACAGUGAAUUUUUGAUUCCAAUUGAUUCUUAAUAAAAUCUUAAAUCCACAUACAGACUUGACAUGAAAUUAUUUUUUUCUUGAAAGAAAUCACUGAAAGCAUUUUGGAAUGAUCCAAAAAUAUCUAACUAAAACUUUGGUUUUAUUGUAGUGAGCAUUACUUUAUCGUCACUAAUGAAAAGAAACAUAACAUGGUUUUCAAAUUUGUCUAAUUAAAUUCAAUUGCACCUGUGUGCUUCAUGUUCUCAUUGUGCACAUUGAUUAUGUAUGAGCAAUCCAUAAAAUAAAGCAUAGAAGAGGGUACCUCUUAAUAAACAUUUAAACCUAAC